GCUACGAAGGGGAAGGGAUAGGCGGAAGGGCGACUCAAGUCUCAAGAUGGCUAAAUCCGCCGAACAGGAUUGCAUCGCCGCCCUCCUCCGUUUGGCGGCGCAGCUGGGCAUAUCCGAUUCGCCGCCCUCUCCAUCGCUUACUCUCUCCACUAACUCUGGCCAUGCUUCUUCUUUUACCUCCUCGUUUCCUUGUUUGGGUCAUUCCCUUUUCGUCUUCUACUUCCCCGAUGCCGGCGGCCGAGGACUGGCCGCUGCCCGAGACCUCGAGAAGGGCGAGCUGAUUCUAAGAGUACCAAAGGCUGCUCUUUUUACAACGGAUAGCGCGAUGGCUGAUGCCAAAUUGGCGUCUUGCCUUGAGAGGCAUCGACAUCGCCUCUCCCCCGUUCAGAUGCUAGCAGUAUCCCUGUUGGCUGAAGUGGGAAAAGGAAGAAGUUCUCAGUGGUACCCUUACUUGGAGAAUUUACCUCGUAGUUAUGAUACAUUAGCUAACUUCACCAAUUUUGAAGUUAAAGCUUUUCAAGUUGAAGAUGCUAUUGGAGCUUCUGAGAAAGCCAUUGCUCUGGCAAAGUCAGACUGGAAAGAGGCUGUUGGCGUCUUGAAGGAAUUGGACCUUAAGCCUCAAUUUUUAACUUUUAGUUCCUGGCGUUGGGCUUCAGCAACUGUAUCCUCUCGGACAUUGCACAUACCCUGGGACAGUGCUGGUUGCUUAUGCCCCAUCGGCGAUUUGUUUAAUUAUGCUGCACCUGAUGAAGAACAUUCUCCUGAAAACUCAGAAGAUACACAUCCUGAUGUCUCAGUACUGAGGUUAACUGAUGGUGGAUACGAGGAAAGUAAAAGUUCAUACUGCUUUUAUGCAAGAAAAAAUUACAAGCAAGGAGAGCAGGUACUUCUUGGGUAUGGGACCUAUACUAACUUAGAGCUUCUAGAACAUUAUGGUUUUCUAUUGAAAGAAAAUCCAAAUGACAAGGUGUUCAUUGACUUAAAUGGAGGAAUGUGCACAUCAACUAGUUGGCCUAAAGAUUCUCUUUACAUCCAACCGGAUGGAACUCCUUCAUUUGCCUUGUUAUGUGCUUUACGCUUGUGGGCUACUCCGGCAAAACUACGUAAGACAAUUGGGAGUCGAAUUUAUAGUGGAUCUUUAGUGUCGGUGGAAAAUGAGCGUUUGAUCAUGAAAUGGUUAGCUAAAUGCUGCACAUGUAUAUUAGGAAGGUUGAACACUACAAUUGGUGAAGAUAACAGGCUACUUAGCAAGAUUGACAGAAUGAUAGACCAGUAUUCUUGUCUAGGAUCGACAGAGACUCUCUAUCAGGACAAUGAAAUUAGGGACUUUUUUCAAGCACAUGGCAUCAAAGAGGAAGGGUAUGAUCAUAUUCAACUGCUGAAAGUUAGGAGGUAUCUGGAGAGAUGGAAAUUGGCCAUUGAAUGGAGGGUGGCCUAUAAGAAGAUUCUUCAAAGCUGUGUUUUUUACUGUGAAAACAUGGUUUGCUGCCUACCUAUCAAGCAUGCUUAACAGAUAGAUCAGUAUAUCAUGGAUUUCAUUGGAGAUAUUAAAGAUGUAUCAUCUUUACCGACUCAACUAAUUAUGGAGGUGGACGGUCUUCUCCCAAUUCGUCCAUUAGGUAAAUCCGGAAGCACGAGCAAUUUCUUAUUCAGCAGUCAACCACUUAGAUUUUUCAUCCAUAUUCAACUGACAACCAGCCAAACACUAGAAGAAAAGCAGAAUCUUCUCCUGCUUUAUAUGCAUAGGAAUUGGAUGUAACGUAAUCAUCUAUAGAGGAUCCAAUGAAUGUGCCCCUGGCAUGGUGCAGCUGCAAAAGCACAUUAAAAAAAACAAUGAAUGGAGAUCAUGCUUCAAAACUUUGUCCAUCAACAGAAUUAUUGUAUUUUAUAGCCGCCACUUUUGAAUUCUCAAACUGCAAACUUUACAGCA